AUGACUGCGAUUCAAGAAAAAUUUCGUGUAAAUGCAACUCCAAAAAUUUCAAAAUUAAUUAUUAAUGAAAAACAAAAACAACAAUUGACCAAUUUAUUUAAAUAUAAAAAAGUAGUAGCUGAAAGUUGGGGAGAAACUGAAGAAGAACAAUCAAAAGCAACAGAUUUUUUAAAAUAUAAUGGUCUUAUAAAAAUUCAAAAAAAGAAUUCCAGAUGGAAAACUCGAUGGAGUGAUAAAACCAAUUGUGCGACCCUUUAUCAAUGUAGUUGUGGAUCAGAUAUGAGAGUGGUUAGAAAAACCGAAGGACCAAAUCAAAGAAAGCUUAGACAAGCUUAUGAAUUUAAUGGAUGUUUGGCUUUCGUUAAAAUCGAAAAAUAUAGAAAAGAUAAAAAAGAUAAAAAAGAUAAAAAAGAUAGAAAGUAUAAAAAAAAUAAAAAAAAUGAUGAAAAUGUUAAAAAUAUUGAAAAUGGUGAAAACGAUGAAAUGGAUGAAAAUAAUGAAAAUAAUGAAGAAAAUGGUAGUGAAACCAAUGAUAAAUUUAAACGAGUACAUGGUUAUUUAGAACAUUCAGAAGCUUGUCAUCGAGCAUUCCCAAAGAAAAGCACACCAAAAUUACAUCUUAAUGAAGAUAUUCGAAAUAUCACUGAAUUAUUGGUUAGAGCGAAUAAUUCCAUAAAAGAUAUUAUUUCUAUUAAUCAACAAUUCAUUAAAAAUCAUCUUAAAGAUGCAGUUCUUUACUUUAAACCAAGAACACAUCAAUAUGAUCAUGUUAGUUUAGUAUUAGCAACCAGAGAACAAAUAUUAUUAGCUAAAUUAUAUGGUCAUCAAAAAUCUAUUAUAUUAGAUGGUACAUUUCCAACUGGUAAUAAGAAAAUUCAACUUUAUAUCAUUAUGGUUAUCGAUGAACGAGGUAAAGGUAUACCAGUUGGUUACCUUUUAUUUACUAGACCUGGUAAUCCUGAAGUGACAGGAACUAGUAAUCAAGACUAUACAAUAUUAAAGAAACUUUUAGAAGAAUAUAAAAUACAAUUAACUAAUGAUCAACAAGAACCUCGAGUGAUGUUUACUCCCAAGGUUGCAAUUAUAGAUUUUGAUUAUGUAGAACGUACAGCCGUAAGUGAGAUUUGGAAUAGAAUUCAUGUAUUUUUUCUACCUCAUCGAGUGAAUUUAUGUUGGAAAACAAAAGCUAAUCAAUUAUUGGGUACGGGAGGUGAUGAUAAUGUCAUGAAAUUGCGUGAAGAUUUGAGAAAAGAGUUAGAAGAUCUUUUUACUUGGUUACAAUCAGCAUCAACAGAAAUGGAAAUUAGAUCAAAACUUCAAAUAUUGGAAAAUUCUGUAUCGAAUCGUUAUUCAAGAGAAUAUGAAAAAAAGGCUGAUUCCAAAAUUUUGGCUUUAUUUGAUGGUCAACGCGAGAUGAUAAAAUUUCUUCAAAAUGAAUGGGUUAAUGGGUUUAUGGAAAUGUGGACACAUUACGGUAGAAUGGCAGUCGAAAGUAUGGGAAUUGAUAUAAAACCAUUAUGGAAUACUAAAUACUUGGAAGGAUUCAAUACACAAUAUAAUCCUUCUCGUAUGUUAAGAUUUCAAAAGAAAGGACAUAUUUUAAGAUUAGAUGUAUUAAGUUUUUUACUUAUAAAAUUCAUUACUCCCGUAUGUAAUUUCCAACGUCAUCUUUGGAAUGAAACAGAAAAAUUUAUUAAAAAUGAACGACCAGCUUUAGAUACAGUUUUGGAAGGUGAAGAAUUAGAAUCAGGACAAUGGCGUGGAUUAUUAGCGCAAUAUAAUAAUUCAAUUGCAUUUGAACAAUUUGAUCCAAGAAUUCAAGAAGUCGCCAAUUAUUUUAUAACUUCACGAAAAAUUUCCUAUAUUGAGUAUAAUGGUGAAUCACUUUAUGUUACUGUACAAUCAGAUAUAAUAAAUGCAGAAAUAGUUCGUGACGAACAAGAUAUAAAUUAUUAUGUAGUUGGUUUAUUACCAACUAUUAAUUGUCAUUGUUUUCAUUUUUUAAUUAAAGGUGGAGCAUGUGCUCAUAUUUUGGCAGCAAUACAUGCAGUUAAUUGGUUACGAAAUCAACCUGAUUAUCCACCGGAUUAUCGAUCAUUCUUGGAAGGAGAACAUCAAACCAUUCCCGAAAUUCGAUUACCAACUAAAAAAGAUGCACUUGAAAUAUUAAAAACACAAAAAGAAAGGAAAACAUUUUAUGUUGAACCUAACAAUAAUAAAUCUAAUAAAUCUAAUAAUAAUGUUGAGAUAGAAGAAAGUGAUGAAGAUUCUGGUAGUGAAUAUGAUGAUUAUAUUAAUUCAUCAUUUUCCGAAUUAAAUAUCAAUAACAACAACAAUAAUAAUUUAGAAAAUUUAGUAACGGAAAGAAAUUAUCUAAAUGAUGAAAAUAAUAUAAAUAAUAAUGAAAUUAGUAAUAAUAAUGAUGAUGAAGUUCGAACUUGGAAUGAAGCAUUUUACGUUACAACAAAUCGAUUAAAGGAAAAAUUAUGUGAAUUAUCAAAUAUAUCAAAUGAAUUAAUUCAACAUAAAGCAAAUAUUCCCCUGAAUGUAAGAUCAGAUUUAAAAGAUUUAGAUAGAGAAUUAAUUACAAAUUUACAAACAAUGUUAAAUAAUGAAAAUUCUAGAAAUAUUUUUACAAUAUUAGAUAAUAUACAACAACAUAUAGUAACUUUUAGUCAACCAAAUAAUAAUAAUUAUCCACAGAACGAUGAUAUGGAUUUAACUGAAUAA